AUGAGGAUGGAUCAGCAAGUUGACCAUUCAUUACCCGAUACUCCAGCAGGAAUCCAGAGUGAUAGAGUAUUACUGCCUUUCCCCACUCCCAGCAGGCCUAAGGCCAGAAAGUCGAAGAAAUGGGACGAGUCCAACAUCCGCGCCACCUGCCGAGCCGCCUACAGAGACUAUGAUUUAAAGAACAUCAACGAGCCCAGCGCCCCCCACGUCCGGAUCCAGGACGGCGGAGAAGACGCGGCGUGGGACUUCGACACCAAGGACCAGGCCAGAGGCACCGCGGGCCACAUCCUGGGGAAGCCGGAGAGCAAGGAGGCGCAGAGCAGCCAACUCCUCCUGGACAAGAUCGAAAGACAGCGGCAGUUCGAACUGAGACGAAAGCUGCAUUAUACCGAAGGACUGAACAUCAAGUUAGGGAGAGAACUGAUUGCCAAAGAACUGCAAUUCUUAGAAAUCGACGAUGAAGACGAAGAGAACCCGCCUGCGACCACCGAAGAGAAGACGGCUGCAGGAGAAGCGGAGGACGGCCCUGCCAGUGACGACCUGCCGACCCCAGCCAGCUACCUGUAG